GUAUCUCUAGCGACAGCGGGCAUGGAACUGACAGACACGCUGGAACUCCGCGCUCGCACUCCCCCGCGGCCGCUGCAGCUGCCCGGCCUGCCCACUAAAGUGUUCGUGUACGCUACCGGCGCGGGCUGUGCUACUGUUCAGGGAACAAUAACUUACUCCACCUACACGCCAAAACCUGAAAAUGCUCUGCUAAAUAUCCAAGCCGCUAUUAUCGAAGAGAUUCGUCCUGAGAGGAGUAGCAUCGAGGAUUUGCAAGGAAAUCUACCAACUCUGAUCAUAAAGACUUGUUUCAAGUGGAAAGGCAAGGAGCGUUCAGGCAUUCUUCGCCUAGAAUCGUCUCUGUUCUCUGGCUAUGAACUGCAUUCAGUAAACCCAGUGGUAUUAGAUGGAGCUACUUUUGCUGAUUUACACUAUGGAUCCAGAGGAGAAUCUGUGUGGUUCGUCUUUGCGAAUAUCAGCUCAACGUGCCCCGUUUGCGUAACAUACGAAGUACGUUCCAAAUUCGUCAUCACCAGCUUAAGACCAGCCUUUGCCAAGAUCUACCCAUCAACACGACCAGAUUUAGCAGUCGAAACGUUCUUCCACGCGAGGCCAGGAAGCCCACUACUGCGAGGUAUCACUGACGAUGAUUUUAUCACAUGGUUCGACAAAACUGAACUAGCUAGCCUCAAAACUAGCACUAGCAUUGACAAUAUUUGUGAGUGUGGCAGGAUUUGUAGCAGGGAUUAUGAAUUCAGAAAGAAUUAUGAUGAUCAUACCGAAAGUUCCACAGAAAAUGUUGAUACUACGGUCACUGAAAGUACUGCGGUUACUACUGAAGAAAGUUCUACAUUGAGUACAACAGAAGCCUCAACAACUGAAGAAAUAACGACUACUGAGCAACAGUCGACUUCAACAGCUUUCAGUGCUUCAUCCAGUACGACGGAAAUCGCCACAACGCUAGAAACUACUAUCGUUGAUAAAACCUCAACCGAGACCUAUACCACAAUCAAAAUCGAAAGUAUUGAUGAUCCAAUAAUAAUCCCAACUGUCACAUACUUGAAUACAACUGAAACUCAAGAACUGAAUAAUAACAUAGGACCUCUAUUGCCAAAGAUUAAUGGAGAGCUUAUCGUUCCAAAAUCUGUAUUGCCGAAGAUACCAAAGAAAGAUGAAAUAAAGAAAAAACCUUUGCCAAGACGAAAGGGGACUCUAAAGGCUACAUAUGGUGAUAAACAUGAAAAGUUCUUUUUGAAAUUGAAAGAAAGUGAAAAUGCAACUUCUCCUGCUACAUCUACUACUACUGAAGUAGUCACGACCUCAACUGAAAUGGUGAAGGUAAUCAAUAGCCAAGAAAAAGUCGCAAAACAAGAUUCAACUCCUGUGGAAACAGACAAAGCACUACAUAAAAUUAUUUUACAAAAACCUGAAGUGCAAAACCCUCUUCUUCCGGUAGCUUUCAUUGUUAAUCAAACAAAAAUUGAAACUCAAAGUAUGAACAACACCACAGUUGCAAAUAUCACAAAAAUGAAAAUUCAAGAAGACAAUUCCUCAGUAGAAAAGAAAAUCAAACCGGUUUCAAUAACAAACAACGACGUUACAACAGUGACUCCAAUAAAAUCAAUAAAACCUGUCUUUCUACAUCCCGAAACGGUUCCUCAUACAAUAACAGCAAUCACCAACAAUAACAUCAAAUCAAUACACUACAGAACAAAGAAGCCUAAAGCUAUUACUCAAAUUAAGAAACCGCUAAUUAACGCAAUUCACAAUGCCACAAAAUACAACAAAAGCGAAGAUACCGACUCCGAUAUCAUAAAUAAGACGAAAAAGAAAACAAUUCCUCAAAAGUAUAAUGCAAAAACAAUGAAGUCGAUAAACAAAGAGAUACACAAAAUACCGCCAACCCCAAUUUCUGAAACUUCAAAGACAUUGUCAGAAGCUCUUAAAUAUGAUAUCGCUCCCGAAAAUAAAGGUGGUUUCGAAAUUUUAGACAAAAACAAUCUAUGGGAGUUACUAAAAGAAGGUUCUGAUAAUGAUCCUUCGAAAUUAGAUGAGAAACUACAUGUUCAUAAUAGACUUAAUAUUUUUGGACAUAAUACGUCCAAUGUAGAUGACAACCGAUCAUUAUAAACUUUAUUGUUAUAUAAUGUAUAAGAUACAAAGACUUCAGUAUAAAUAUUUUUGUAACACAGUAUGUCACUUGAAACCUGUAUUUAUUCACGAAGAGUUGGUGUUACGGAGAGUACAUGAUUAUUAUCAUCUUUAAUUACUACUUCAAUUACUCCUUCUAGUGUCAGAAGAUUUCUUACUUCAUCAAACUGCAUUUCAAAAUCUUUUCCACUUAAUAAUUUUUGAGAAAAUUCUUUGCUGUUUUUGAAAAGAUGCACUCUUCGUGGCACCUACCGGAUCCUACAAUCAAAUUGUUGAUAAUCUCAAACACGAUUCCUAAAGCACUUUUAUUGUUGAUUGUUAGUAUGUAUUGCACUCAUCUGAAUGACUUGUAUGAACGAUUGUAUGAGCUGUAAAUAUUAAGUGUAAGCUAAUUAUUGACUAAGUAAAGCGCUGUGACCUACGACUUCUAUUCUACGUGUGAAUUCAUUGCUCAAAAGCAAUCUUUUUGGGUUUCUAAUCUUAGGAUAACCUAUUUACCGGUUCUGUAGUCUCCAAUGGAAUGUAAACAGUAGUUUAGAGUAAGCUAUACUGAUUAUUGGUUGGAUUUCUGCUUCGAUUUAGAUGCUGCUUUAAAUCUAGUAGAGCUAGAAACGCUGUUCAGUACAUUUUGGGCUGCCUGAUUCCCUAUAUUAUUUUUGUACUGUUCUAACAGACUUAACAGAAGAGCCUUGUCUACUAUAUCUAUGGUAAUAUUUUUCUCUCUCUUCCUGCCAAAUAAAACUGUCCUCAAUCUUCUUCGAAUGGAUUUUUGGGCGUAUCUACAAUUAAGAAGGUAGCCCUAUUAUUAGACUAGACCUCUGAUUUCUGUAAUGUAAAUAGGAUCUCUAAUUGCCAAAGUAAUCGUUUACCCCCUAGUAUAAAUAGAAGUACUAGUGUCUUAGAAAUGUAAUUGUAAUGCUAAUGCCCCAGAAUUUCCAUCCGUCUAUCGUCUUCUGUAUCUAUUAUAUGUAAAACGUAGUUCUAGUAGCUGUCUAGAUGUUUUAUGUUGUGUCUAGGGAUUGUGAAUCAUUGAUUAUUGUAUUAGUUUUCUUAAAACUAGCCUAAAAGCUAAGAAACCACCCGAGUAUCUGGUUUUUCAAUGAUUUUUGCGCCAUCUUUCGCCGAUUGCCCGAAUUUUCUGUUUUACUGUUUGACGUAUCUCUGUUGUUUAAGCUGUCAUUUGUUUUUUGAAACGAACAGUAGAUGGCGCUGGCACAAAGUUAUUCAGCACAAGACAGUUUCUGUUUGUGUCUAUAAUCUGUUUAUUUUUUGAGAUCUAGUUAAUGAUUCACAAUUCCGCGUUCCUGUAGUUCUAUAGAUUUCAAUUUUGUAUGACUGUAUGCAUGAAAUGAAUCUCCCUGUGAGUUUAUGUAGAACUUAUCUCCUAUUAUUAAAGUGUAAUAACAAUAUACUUGAAAUAAUCGAACUCUUUUUUGAAAAUUAUUUUUCUAUCUUUCUAAUUUCCCAUAUUAUAAAGACUCCUGUAAUCUCCCCUUAUAAUUACUAGUAUUUCCAAAAAUGGCAAAUCUUUUCUUAAUUUCUAUAACUAACAAAAUUACCUUUUUAUUGUAAAUAUUUAAGAUAAAGUUCCACGUAUAGCUUUUUUUAUUGUAUCUUGUAAGUAAAAUAUUUUAGGCGUUGCACCGAUGCGUCCCUUAAAGCGACCUGGUGUCUCUUAGAAUGACAUACAAAUGUAUAGUACCUAUUCUCCCCUUAUUCAUAAGAA